AUGUCUGACAGAGAUCAACGCAGCGGAAACACUGCUUUCGAAAACCCUAAGGCGCUUGAUUCUUCCGAGGGUGAAUUCAUUUGUGAAAACAAGGACCACAGUCGCCAUUCGCAAGAGUCCCUUUGUAAAAUAUAUACCGCGGGCAAAAACAACGAAUACAUCUAUAUUGGUCGCCAGAAAUUUUUAAGGGAUGAUUUGGUCGAGGCAUUUGGUGGUACUUUGAAUCCAGGUUUAGCUCCUGCGCCUGUCCAUAAAUUCGCCAAUCCUGCUCCCCUAGGUCUUUCUGGUUUCGCCCUCACUACGUUUGUAUUAUCCAUGUUCAAUGCAAGAGCUCAAGGUAUCACUAUUCCUAAUGUUGUUGUUGGAUGUGCCAUGUUUUACGGUGGCCUUGUUCAACUAAUUGCUGGUAUCUGGGAAAUCGCUUUAGAGAACACUUUUGGUGGUACAGCACUCUGUUCCUUUGGUGGAUUUUGGUUAAGUUUUGGUGCUAUUUAUAUUCCUUGGUUUGGCAUUUUGGAUGCCUACAAAGACAAAGAAUCUGAUCUUGGAAAUGCACUAGGAUUUUACCUUUUGGGAUGGGCACUUUUCACUUUUGGUCUUGCUGUCUGCACCAUGAAGUCAACCGUAAUGUUUUUUGCCUUAUUCUUCCUCUUAGCUGUUACCUUUUUACUCCUGUCAAUUGGGAAUUUCACAGGCGAGACAGGAGUUACUAGAGCUGGAGGUGUUCUUGGUGUGAUAGUUGCCUUCAUCGCCUGGUAUAACGCUUACGCAGGUAUUGCGACAAGGCAAAACUCGUACGUUAUGGUUCACCCCUUCGCGUUACCUAGCAACGAUAAAGUUUUCUUUUAA